AUGCCUAAUGAAAAUAAAAUUUCAUACUCAGAGCUAUUUAGUGAGCUAGUGAAUGAUGAGGGGCAAUUAGAUGACGCUAAGGCAUCAUUUCUCUACUACAUGUUCCCUCAAGAAAUGUUUAUUAGAGCACUUUCACUACUUGAGUCUGGAGAAAUAUUCAUAUACAUAUAUCCAUGUUCCACAUCUACUGAUCUAGAAAGUUUAGUGAAUACAAUUGUCCAAACUGUUUAUAACGAUCACAAUGACGGCAAACUGAUCAAGGUGGUAGUCCAGACAAAUGAUGACAGGACUAUCUUCACAGAUAUAGAGCACUGGUUUUGUAGUUGUCAAGAGUAUUCGGAGAAGUUCAGUCAAAUCAUUACCUCAGAUCCAGAGACUCCCCUCCAGGUUCUACUGUUAAAAGAAAUCGAUAAUGUGGAAGACUUUUCCUCUGACAAAUUUGCCCAACUUGAAGCAAACAGUCUCUCCAAACAACGUUACUUUAACCACUCAAAAGUCAUAUGCCCACAUCUACUCGCUUGCUCUAUACUUCUUAAAUCAUCUUCAAGAAUCCUUCAUUUUUUCACAGUAACUAAGGGCUCUGUAUUAGUCUUUCCUAUUAACGACAUCGACGAAUGGCUGCGACUCCAUGUAAAUAUAGCAUAG